AUGGCAUUAAAAAUUCAUUACAGAUGUUUCUAUCUGUGCAUUGUAUUUUCAAUUUUACUUAAUGAAACAUACUCAAAAUCUGUAUAUCCACAUGCCCAUGGUCAGCGAUUGUCUAUUUCUCGUUAUCCACAUACGAAAGAUCGCAUGUUAAGAAGUAUUCUUGGUAAAUUAUUGAACGUUGAUACAAAUGUUAUUUAUACACCAGGCAAUGACAUACCACCAAUAGAACAAGAAUCAUCAACAAUUUUACCACAAACAUUAUUUGAUUUUAAAGCGCAGCAUACAUGUGUGACAGCUUGUUACGCAUGUCUAGGAGGGCCGUCAUCUUUGGAAGAAUCAAAUAUCAAGCGAUCGUCUGAUGAAAAUUGUGGGCCUAUGUGUGAUUGUGCCGAUAUGUGUUUCACUACUUCUUUAAAAGAAGUGAAUUUACAAUAUGGUGGUGAAAAAUCAUGCUGGUUACGAUCAUAUUUACAAGCAAUUUCUGACGAACCGGUUAUGUAA